AUGCCCCCACCAGUGAAACUGGAAGCCACCUCAUUCUGUAUUCUCUGGCUGGAAGACGAACUCACUAAAAAAACUUUCAGAAUUCUUUUGGUUGGAAAAACAGGAGUGGGGAAAAGUGCAACAGGCAACACCAUCUUGGGAAAAAAUGUUUUUAAAUCAUCUGUGUCAUUUUCCUCUGUGACUGGACAAUGUGAAAAAAGUCAUGCCAUAGUUAAUGGAAGAAGCGUCACAGUGAUUGACUCUCCGGGUCUGUUUGACACCAACUUGAGUGAAGAUGAGACAAUCAGAAGAAUUAAACGCUGUAUUCCUCUCUCUGCUCCUGGUCCACAUGUUUUCUUAGUUGUGAUUCAGUUGGGCAGAUUCACUAAGGAAGAAGAAAAAGCUGUUGAAAUCAUCCAAGAAAUUUUUGGCAAAGAAGUCUCCACAUACACCAUGGUCUUGUUUACUCAUGGAGAUCAACUGGAGGGCACAAAUAUUCUCGAACAUUUGAGAGAAAGUCCAGAACUGGUCAAGUUAAUCAAAACCUGCAAUGGACGAUACCAUGUGAUCGAUAAUUUAGAUAAGAAUCCAGAUCAGGUCAUUCAGUUACUGGACCGGAUUGAUCAAUUGGUUGCUGAAAAUGAUGGGCAGUAUUACAGCAGUGAGAUGCUUGAGAUGGUGGAGAGAGCAAUUGAGAAAGAGAAACAACGUAUCCUGAAAGAGACAUUGGAGCAGAAAAUAAAAGAGAUAGAAUAUCUGAAAGCUAAACUUACAGCCGAGAGGCUUGAAGAAGAAAUAAAAAGGGUUAAUAAGAAAUAUGAUGAUGAUGCAAGAUAUAGGGCUGAAAUAUGCGAUUGUGUUCUGAUGCCAUUUUACAGAUCUAUUGACAUGGUAAAAAGGGGUUUGGAGUUUAUUAGAAAUACAAUAGGCCUUUGAAAAGACCGAUUUAUAUAGAUAUUUGAAAGCUGAUUAUGUCAAAGUACUAACAUUAUCACGAUAAAUAUUUCUUGACACCUCCUAAUCAACAUUCUCAAUAUAUAUUUGUUCUAUUGUAAUAUAUACAAACUGACAUUUUAUCCCUUUCUGUCAUGAUUAUUUUAUACUAAUGUAUUUCUCAUCUUAUGCAACUUUAUUCAUUUGAGUUAAAUAAACUUAAACCAUUUAAGGCAAUCAGUUUUCUCAAAUUAUUUAAGUAGCUAUAUAGUAAGAUUUAUUAAGUGAACUAAAACCAAUAAAUGUUCCAUAAUGUGUUUUACUUUGUGAUUUUAUUCUUUUUUUCAUUAAUACUGUAAAUCUACAGUCAGGUGUCUUUGUUUUAUGUAUUUGUUGUGCUUUUUAGAAAAUAUUUCCUAGUUAUUGUACAGCUUUAUUAAAUACAUUUCUGUAAAAAGACAGAAUCACUUCAUAAUAUGACUAAUAAAAGCUCUA